CCCUGAUUCCUGAACCUCGAUCCAAGCACCACCACCACCACCACCACCACCACUGAAGGACUUAUUCACCAGCACCACCAUAGCAGCAGGUGACUGUCAGUAGUUGACGGUGACGGUGACGGUGACGGUGACGGUGACAGUGACAGUGACGGUGACUUAAACGGCCACCGGUAUUCCCAGCUGCAGUCCACGGGGACGCGGAGCCGUAUUUCCGGCGAUCGUCGUACCUCGUUCCGCAUCUGCCUUCGCGUGGAUUUGGCCGCGCCUCUGCUCCUCUCCAGCCAUGGCGCUCGCCUCAGCUGCCACGCUGCUCCGCCGCUCCCGUGUCCCCUCCAUCUCCUCUGCUGCUGACGUCAUAGGCGCAAUGCGCCUUGGAGCCUCUGCUCUGUUGCAGCAUCGUGCAGCCUCCAGCAGCAGCAGCAGCAGCAGCAGCCAGCCAUCUGCAAUAGACCUGUCGUGGCCGGCUACCCUGCAGAAGGCGCGGUCAUGGGACGAUGGCGUGGCCACCAGCUUCGCCACCUCCUCCCUCGCUGACGUCUUCAAGGGCCGCAAGGUGGUGAUAUUCGGUGUUCCCGGAGCGUUCACAGGCGUGUGCUCCAAGGCGCAUGUGCCUGGAUACUUGGCAGCGCUGCCUGCACUGAAGGCCAAGGGCGUGGAUGCUGUGCUCUGCACCGCAGUCAACGACCCCUACACACUGCACGCCUGGGCGAACCAGCUUCAGGCGCAUGACAAGAUUGAUUUCUAUGCUGACUUCGAUGGUUCUUUCCAUCGCCACCUGGGCCUUCAGUUUGACUGCUCAGGAGCACUUCUGGGAAUGCGCUCCAACCGGUGGGCUGCAGUUGUGGAGGAUGGUGUUUUCAAGUCCCUCAAAAUUGAGGAAAAUCCAGGGGAGUUGCUGGUCAGCAGGGCUGAGGACAUCCUUACCUCCCUUGAGUGAAUGAUGCAAGUGGUCUGCAGUGCUGGUUACCAGGACAUGAUUGGAUGAUUGGUCAUGAUUCCGUACCGUAGCUUCUGGAUCCCGUCUACCUUUUUCAAACUAAUCACUAGGUGGGCAUUGAAUAGGAACACAAUGCAUCAUGGUUUCCAAGGGGAGCUGUGACAGAUGCGUGUAUUAUCCAGCGAUGCAUCCUGAUUAAGAAAUGCCUGAAGGGUUCUGGGUUUGUCUGAAGGUUGCAAUUUGUCUUUUCUCAUCUC